GAGAGUUUCCAUAAAGCACCAGAGAGCAACGGCUUUACAACAUCUUGUUCUCUCGUGUUUGUAGUUCCUGUGCAUUUUGAGGAGCACACAGAUAUGGUAGUGCUGAGGUUGGUCAUGCUACUGCAGGGGCUGCUUCUCGCAGCACGAUGUGAGGUCAGAGCCAGAGACCCAGAGGCAAAAGAGGAGGACGAGCUGAAGGACAUGUCUGAUGGUCGUGGAUGGAACCAUAGAGUUCCACUGGUUGGGUUUGGAGCACCUCAUCAUGGUCAAGGACUAAACAGGCAGAGCCCUGAUGUCUAUGCAUCUGUCCAUCAUCCACUUGGUCAUGGACACCAUGACCCCACUCCUGGACAUCUUUCUCCAGACAUGCCCAAGGGAACAGGGGACCCAUCAGAUCCAUCAGGUGCAACUGAGACCAAGGGCUCUUUACCUCGCACUGGGAAUUGGUGUGCCUUUGUUCACAAGCGUGCUGUUACUGUGGCAGUAUCCUGUGGAACUGAGAAGUACACCAUCAAGUCCCAGAGUCCCUGUCCUAACGGCACCCCAGACUGCCAGCUAGUCAUGUACAAGCUGUCCACUCGGCCAGUGUACAGGCAGAAGGAGAAAAUCUACACUGCACUGCUGUGGCGAUGCUGCCCUGGGCAUGCUGGGGAAAACUGUGAGGAGACAGUCACAGACGGCCACAUCUCUGAAUCUGAAGACCCCACCAUGGCAGGCACAGCACAUCCGGGGAGACAUGAAGCAACAGACAGACGAUAUAACAAACUAACUCAGGAGAACAGAGAGCAGAAUGAUUACCAAAUGUUUGGCGGUCCACUCUAUGAAACUCAACAACCUGAUGUAGAGAAUCAAACUGCAGCAGAGCCCAUCGAUGACUAUGAGCACAGCCCUCAUUCUGUCCGUGACCGACAUAACAAUCAACACUUUGAGAGGAGAGAUCCUCAUGCUGUAAAUGAAGGUGUUCCUCACCCUGAAAUACCUUACCUUCACCAUGGGCUCCUACCAAUCUUGAAAGAGGCUGUGAUGUCUCAGCUGCAGCCUGUGUUGGAGAAUUUCAAUCUAACCCUGGAACGGCUUUUUCAGGAGGUGCAGGGUUUGCAGCAGGACAUGGACCAACUCCGACAUGAGCAGGGGCAGGGGAGGGUCACUGAGCCUGUAGAGGUUGGUGGUGAGGAGCACAAUCCACAGGAGGCUGUUGAGGCAGAGUUGAGGGAGGGUUUCCAGAAGUUGGAGGAGGUGAAAGCUCAGUUUCGCAACCACCGCAAUGAGGUAGAAGCAAGGCUCCACGCACAGCAAACCAUGCUGCACUACAACCUGACGAAUUUCAAGACAGAUAUGGAUGUCAAAAUUAAGCGUAACCAAAAGAUGUUACAGGUGAAUCUCCACUCUCUGAACACAUCAAUGUCUGAAGUGCGGCAGGAGCAAGAGAGGCUGGACAAGGAACUUCAGAAGAUUUGGCAUGAAAAGAAGACCAAUCCUGCACAGAGUCAGUCUUAUGAGAGCACAGCUGUUUGGGAGGCCAUCACACGUCUGGACAACAAAGUCAUCAACAACACAGUGAGACUUAGUGGCUUGAUUGAAGGCCAAGAACAAGUGACUGAAAACAUUAAGGACCUCCAGAAUGGCUGGAGAGAUCUGGACAAGAAAAUAGUCCAGACUGGCCGCAACAGCCAGGUUCAGUUUAUGGAGACCGGUUUAGAGGUGGAGGCAGCCAAGGUAGCAGUUCUUGACCGCAUUAAUGAGCUAAGCAGCAACAUCAGUGUUCUCCAGAGCACCAUGCAGGAGAUGGAGACUGAUGUCGACCAUCUCUAUGCAGAGUUCUACAAGAAUAUAAGUUCGGCAAGUGGGGAUUGUGACUGUAUCGCUCUUGGAGCAUCUGUGACCCAACUGGAACAAACUGUAGAUAACGUGAUGAAGAUAGCGAAUGAAAAUAAGUUGGCCCGUGAGAGUGCGUCACAGGAGAUGUUGGACAAUCAGGACAAUGGUGCUUGGAUUCCAUCCGUGGAAGAUCUGAAACUAGGGCUACUAAAUGUGCAAAAGUCCCUUGCCUUUGAACAGGAAAAGAGCAGAAUGUUACAGCACAAUGUGACCCAGCUCCAGGCCUCUCUGCUGGGCAGCCGGCAGGACAUCGAAACACUCCAGGAGCAGGACAGGGUCAAGGUCGAGAAGAUCCAGCAACUACAUAGCAUUUUCAACACCUUGCUUCAGGACGCCAUUCGUCACUCGGAGAUACUGGAGAUUUUGCUGGAGGAAGAGGUGUUGGAGUUUAUAUUGUUGUCUCAUGAGGACAAAAGACGUUUCUCUAUUCCAGAAUUGAGGGAAAGCAUCAGAGAAAUGCAAGAGCAGAUCAAUGGACACAGUCGCAGCUUGGCCUCAAUGCUGAACUCUGCUACCCCUCAGGUGGCGGCAGCAGAUGAGCCCUCAGUGCUUUCAGACUGGGUCUCAGUGGGCACCAAAAGAAGACGUGGGGAUGAAAGGUUUGACUUGUCCGAGGAACUGCCAGAGUACUCUGAUGAUGACUUCUGGACUUUAGAGAAAAUGGUGAAAGAACUUGGAGCUCACAUUAAACAGCUUGAGGAGCAUCGCUGUCCUUCUUGUUGCAACUGCACUAAAACUUCUGCCUCUGGUGGUGUGGAGGUGAAACUGCAGUCUGAGGUGGAGGUUUUGCGUAAGGACCUGGAGACCCACCUUGGAGUUUUUAACAGCAUUUUCAUUAAUACAGAGGGACUUACUGGCUCUGAGGUGUCUGUGGAUUUGAAUAAAUUGUCAGCAUUGAUGAAGAGAAAGGAAGCAAAACAACAAAACAGGAAACAAAAGAAGAGAGCAGAUAACAGAGCUGUUCAGACAGGAGAACGAGUGAAUUACCGCAGCAGGAGGGAUGCAUCACUGGAGUCCGCAGUGCUUCGUCAGCUCCCAGAUAGUCCAAUUAUGUUCCUGGCCAGCACUACUGAAGGGACUAAUGGAUCUGGCACAAUACUUUUUGAAAGCGUGAUCCUAAAUCAUGGACAGUUAUACUCGCCAAAAACAGGCAUAUUUCGGGCUCCUACUUCUGGUUCUUACCUCUUUUUGGUGACACUGGACUUUGGACCAGGCCCAUCUCUGGCUCAAUUAAAGAGAGGUGGAGAGGUAGCUGCCUCCUUGCGGCAGAACCAGAGGAAGUUGGGUGCACCUGCAACACGUGUCUGCAUCCUGCAGAUGGAGCAAGGAGAGGAACUCCGUCUAGAGCUGGUGCAGGGAACUAUAGAACGCAACAACCCACAAGAUAACACCUUUGCGGGACUACUAAUGCUGCAGACCACCUGAGAACACGCAACAAUCUAAAGGUGCUAGAAGACUGUAAGAUGGCAAAAAAAAAAAAAAAUAAAUAACCCUGCUUUUUUUCUUUUUGCAAUGCUCACCACUUAAAUUUCUCUUUCAGGAUCUGAGAGACUAAAAUAACAGCUUAUGUUGUAACUGUGACAGGUUAUUGAGACACUGAGCACUGUUUUCAAGGAGAAUGGUUUAGAUGAUGUGUCCCUACCUGGUGGACUAGCAAAAGUCUCACAUUUGGCUUCAAUGUGACAACUACAUGAUAUUCCUUACAUUUCAAGAUAUUGUAAUUUUCCAGUUAAUACCAAAGAGAAACAACACUCGCCAAAAAACAAAGAAACAAAACAAACAACAAAAAAGAGUUGUACACUAAAAUUAUAUUUUUAAAAGAUUACAUGGACAAAUAUUGUAGAGUAUGAGGCCUACUCAUAACCCUUUCAAAAUUCAAAAAUUUUCAAAUUAGACAGGUUGUUUAAUAUAUUACAUAGAGAUGGGCUGGGUGAUACUAUGGGAGAGCACAUCGAAAUAUCUACAGGCAUAUAUACAGUAUGGACAAACAUGUCCUAUCAACAUAACUCAGAUUACAGUGAAGAGGUGCAUUCUCAGUUUUUGGAUGAAGAACAGAGGCCAUAGGGGAUGGAUGCAAAAUUUUGUAUUUGGGAAAAUGCAGACAAAAUUAUUGAAACGAUAAAGAUGAGAUUCUUCAACAGGUAGAUGCUUUUCAGAAACAUUGGAAUAGCCACAAGAUUAUUCCCCUUUCUUUACUGCAAUCAAAAGCUAACUUAAUGGUCCGAUUGAAAAUCCCUUUUAGCCACAGAAAACAUUUGAUAUAGAUGAUCAAUUUCACAGAUUCAAUCUUCAGAUUUCUUGUAUAGUAAGAGCAACAAAUGUAUACAAAUAUAUUUUCAUAUACACCAAAUCUAGUGUUUCUUUAGCAUUUUGUGAUGUAUGCUGACGUUACCCACUCUGAGGUGAGAUAAUGCUUCCUUUAAUAUAUCUAUUAUUUAUUUUCCGAAUAUUUUAAAUACUUUUGUAAGCAUGUGUGUAACCUUGGCAUAUUGUUUUAAUCAAGAUGCCCUUUUGGCAUUUCAGGGCAUACUGUUCCGGAAGUAUUGUGACAAAGCACCUUAGUCUGGCACUGAUACUAUCAAAGAAUUGUAUAUUCACUGUUCCUGUCUUUAAGGGUCCAGAUACUGGUGUAAAGAACUAUUGUGAAUUGUUUUCUUUCUUCUUUACAAAUUACAUUGGUCUUUUCAAUGGCACUGAGAACAAUAAACAAGUAUUCUAGAAUA